GGUAGAAUAGCCGCAGCCAGGCUAGUCUGACUAUAGAACACGAACACGUACCACGCCAAGUAAAUUUUUCCUAGGGAGAAAAUAUUAAACUCAUUGAAUUGUUGCUUUACCUCCGCGAAACGGAAAACUCAUUUCACUGUGGUUGUAACCAGAUACAACAGAUCCAGAUAGUGACAAACGCCCAUCGCUCGUAUUGACUUUACAGUAGGUAGUGAAAGAACCGGCCUAGCAGCCUGCAUUCAGUUGAAGUGCGUUCGUUGUGCGUAUCGCGUCGUUUUUACGUAGAGUCCGCAGAAUUGAUCAGAGAUUGUUUGUAAAAAAUUGUGAGUCCUUUAAGGAUCGUAACAAAUAGUGUGCAAAACAGUGCUAAGGGACUUAUUGCUAAUUCGAUUCGAAUAAAAUACCGAGUGUGAAUUUCGGGAGAAGAAACUUUGAAAAAUAAGCUAAAAAUGGAUAACAACGUAGCGGUAAAUAAAGUAGAUCCCGCAUUGGUCGGUGAUAUCCAACAGGAUAACUUGGGCCUGUUGCCACAUUUGGAAUCGCUCGAGAGAAUGAUGCAGUUACCGGUGGUUGGCGCAGCUUGGCAACAGAGCCAGGACGUCUAUGAAAAAGUUAAAAGCCACAAUCGUAUGUUCAAUUGGGCAUUCAGUACAGCCGAAGAUGCCGUUCAUCGGGCCAUCAGUACAGCCGCCCCUAUCGUUUCAAAAUUCGAUCGUCCAAUUCACUAUGUUGAUCAAACAUUGGUCAAGGGAAUUGAUAAAUUGGAAGUGACGGCACCCAUUAUCAAAGAGCAGCCGCAAGAGAUUUACAAUCAGGCCAAAAACAAGGUCAUUGAUGUCGUACAGCCGCACAUCAACAAGGUUUGUGCACUACGGGUGGCUGGCCAGCAAAAGGCAUCCUCGCUGAAAGAUCUUUCCUGGCAAAAGGCUAACGAGGUUCUGGCCACACAAUAUGGAAGCAUCGCAGUUAGCGGAGUGGACCAAACUUCAGCAUUGGCAGAACGACUCUUGGACUACUACUUUCCAAAAACUGAAUCAGACAUUGAGAAUGAUGACGCACCGAUUUCUGCUGCCGAUGAUCCUGUCCUUCAUACAGUCCAAACAGUCGGGCGUCUUUCCAACAAAGUUUCCCGUCGUGUAUAUCGUUCUGUUUCCCGCCAAAUUAAACAAUUGAAAAAGGAAGAUGUUCACGAGUACGUUGCAUCCCUCAUUGCCGUCCUGCGGCUGACACAAUACCUAAACUUCAUCAAUGAAAAAGUUCAGUCAGUGAACCAGUCUAACGAGAAUGUUAACGAAAGUGUUAGUAAUGAAAAUAAGACUGAGCAAGUUCCAGCCCCCGUAGAAAAUAAUGCUGUAGAAAAAAUUGAGGAGAAGAAAGACAUUCCAUUUAGCGAUUAUUGAGGAAGAUCAAAUUUAUUGUUAUCAUUAGUAAAAAUCAAUUUAACGUAAUUUACUAUGUUAGGGUAAAAAUUGCCACCGUACAAUAUGAUAUGCUAGAUAAGAAGGGAGAGGUUAGAAGCUUCCCUUCCAGAUACAUACUCUACUAACUACCGUUAUGUAAAUAUUUAUGUUAAUUCUUAUAUGUUCUUAUCUCUUACUAUUCUUUCGAACUCUUACAAUUAUUCUUAUUCGUUUUCCAUAAAGGAUUCUCAGCGCCCAUAUGCAUGUAGCCCCAAUACAUAAUUUAGGCCUAGAAUGGCUUUCAUUGUUUAAAAAGUCAGAAGAGUGAAAAUCAUGUUUAAUGAACAGUGUCUAGAUUUAAGUGAAAAUGUUGCCAAAAAAAUAUUUUGAGUUGCGUAGUGUUAGUGAGAAUCAAAGGAUUUUUCUGUUUGUUUGAUGUAAAUACGUUUAGGCGAGUGUAGCGCGUAACUCCCAUUAUCGAUAGCGUUAAGCCAUGUGUAUCUUAAGGUAAACCUUUUUCUACACUGAUAUGUAUAUUGAUAUUUUUGUUCCUGGAAUAUGAUUCGAUAUUAUAUGAAAACAAUGAUAUAUAAAAAGGAUAUUAAAGAAAAUUGAGAAAGAGUGAA